AUGGCCCUCCUCUCCCCUACUACCUUCACCUCCCUCCCCCUCCCACUCAUCCUCACCCCCCUCAUCCUCAUCCUCCUCACAUACAUCCUCCUCUUCCGCCUCCCCAAAUUCCUCUCCAGACUGCACACAUGGCGAAAAUACCUCCGAUCCCACCGCCAAUUCAGCCUCGAAGCAGGUCAAGGAAAAUUUCAAUUUCUUCAAGAUCCUUUUUCGCAAGCGCCAAAUUAUUGGUUGUUGCAUCAUCAAGCUGUUAAAUAUGUUUUUAGUCGGGGGGCCAUUCAAGAAACCGAUCACCGAGCAGGCUUCGAUUGGUUUCAUUAUGCUGGCUGGGAAAUCCCGACCAUGGAUCCGCGAUACAAAGAGACGGUGCGCACGGCAGAUCAGACGGUACAUGGGAAAUUGGCCAAGUCGAAAUUGGUGACGUUGUUGCAGACGGCGCAAAGGGUGGGAUUUGAGGAGAUUGAGAGGUUCAAGGGGGAGAAAGAUGGUGGAAAGAGCAAAAAAGUCUCCCUCCACAGUCUCAUGUACCGACUCGGCUUCAACGUCAACUGCAUCAGCAUUUUCGGCCCAGAUCUCAACCAC